UCUAACGAAAAUUUCCCUCUCUCCAAAAAUCCGUUACCAAAAAUCACGAAAUGCCACUGUACUGAUUCUAUUCGAUUUAAAAACGACACCUAGAUAUCUGCAAAAGCGCCACUGCUCGCGGUCGUUUUUGAGCUUUUCAACCAUGAAACUUCUCAGCAACGUCGAUUUCCUCAAGAACCAAACAGCGAUCAGAUUCGCGGCCUUCGUCUUCAUCUCUAUCGCUUUCUUUUACUUAGGCAAACACUCGUCCGACGAUUCCCGCCAGCUUAUCUUCUUUUCCCGCCAAUACCCUACCGAAACGACGCCGUCUCCACCUUACAUCGCUAUUUCUCCUAAUCUCAAUAAAGAAUUCAAUAUAUCCGCUCUCAUUAACACCACCGCACCGGAAACCGAACCGAAACCAUCUGGUUCAGUUAAAAACAAAGAAAAAUCAGUGUCGGAGUCAUUGGCAGCUCCGCUUCCGCCGCCGGAGAUAAAGAACUACGGGAUCGUGGAUGAGAACGGGACAAUGUCGGACGCGUUUGAGACCGGGGAGUUCGAUCCAGAUUUGGUGGAGAAUUGGGGGAAUGGAACGGAGAUUCAGACGGAAACGGAUAAGGAGGAUGUUAGGUUUACGUUGAGGGUUAAGAAGUUUGGGCUUUGUGAAGAGAGUAUGAAAGAGUAUAUACCGUGUUUGGAUAAUGUGGAAGCAAUUAAGAGGCUUAAAUCGACGGAGAGAGGAGAGCGAUUUGAACGACAUUGUCCGGAGAAAGAGAAAGGAUUGAAUUGCUUGGUUCCGGCUCCGAACGGUUACCGGCCUCCGAUCCCGUGGCCUCGGAGCCGCGAUGAGGUAUGGUUUAGCAAUGUUCCUCAUACGCGUCUAGUAGAUGACAAAGGUGGUCAAAAUUGGAUUUCCAAAAAAGGGAAAGAUAAAUUCAAGUUUCCUGGAGGUGGCACACAGUUCAUACAUGGGGCAGACCAGUACCUGGAUCAGAUUUCUAAGAUGGUCCCUGAGAUUACAUUUGGUCAUCAUAUUCGGGUUGUUCUGGAUGUUGGAUGUGGUGUGGCAAGUUUUGGUGCCUAUUUGCUAUCCCGAAAUGUUAUAACCAUGUCAAUAGCUCCCAAAGAUGUCCAUGAAAACCAGAUUCAAUUUGCUCUUGAGCGUGGAGUGCCUGCAAUGGUGGCUGCAUUUGCAACUCGCCGUUUAUUGUACCCAAGUCAAGCCUUUGAUUUGAUACAUUGUUCUAGAUGUCGUAUCAAUUGGACUCGUGAUGAUGGAAUUUUGCUCCUUGAGGUGAAUAGAAUGCUCAGGGCUGGUGGAUAUUUUGCUUGGGCAGCACAGCCAGUUUACAAGCAUGAAGAAGCUCUUGAGGAACAGUGGCAAGAGAUGCUUAACCUUACUACUCGCCUCUGCUGGAAUCUUGUAAAGAAGGAAGGAUAUAUUGCAAUAUGGCAGAAGCCCUUUAAUAACAGCUGUUAUUUAAGCCGUGAAGCCGGGAUCAAUCCUCCCUUGUGUGACCCAGAUGAUGACCCAGAUAAUGUUUGGUAUGUUAAUCUGAAGGCAUGCAUUAGUCAACUUCCUAAGAACGGGCAUGGUGCAAAUGUUGCUCCUUGGCCUGCUCGUCUGCAAACCCCACCUGACAGGCUGGAGAGCAUACGAAUUGAUUCCUACAUAGCUAGAAAAGAGCUAUUCAAAGCAGAAUCAAAAUACUGGAAUGAAAUAGUGGCAAAAUAUGUCCGUGCUAGAUAUUGGAAGAAGGUUAAACUAAGAAAUAUAUUGGACAUGAGAGCUGGCUUUGGAGGAUUUGCAGCUGCAUUAAUUGACAAUCAACUUGAUGCUUGGGUUCUUAAUGCGGUCCCUGUUAGUGGGCCCAAUACCUUGCCUGUUAUUUAUGAUCGUGGAUUAAUAGGGGUCAUGCAUGACUGGUGUGAACCAUUUGAUACAUACCCAAGGACCUAUGAUCUUGUGCAUGCGGCUGGUCUCUUCUCAGUUGAGAGGAAAAGAUGUAAUAUGUCUACGAUUAUGCUUGAAAUGGACCGGAUAUUGAGACCUGGUGGACGAGCAUACAUCCGUGAUUCUGUUGAUGUUAUGGAUGACCUUCAAGAUAUUGCAAAAGCCAUGGGUUGGCACCCAGCUCUACUUAAUACAUCUGAGGGUCCUCAUGCAAGUUACAGGAUCUUGAUAUGUGACAAGCGCCUACUUCGCGGUUGAGCCAAUAGAACUAAAAACUCAAGUUGCAUAUCUUCACUGUUUACUAAUGCAAAGUGAAAAUGUAAUUAGACAGGCUAACACGUCUCUUGCACACUGUCAUUACCAAGUAAAAGAAAGGAGGAUGGUUAUUGAAAUUUUAACUGAACAUAUCAAGAGGAUUAAAGUAUGCAGUCAUCGACUGGCAGACAUCAGAUACUUUCCUGUUCAUAUAGCGUGUUUGGAGUCUGCUAGAGGAAGACGAAGCCAGAUAUUUGAUAUCCUCAUCUUAAAGGCAAGCUUGAAAUUUUACAGCUCCUUCUGCAACUUAAUUAUAAGAUAUAGUCAUACUACCUGCGUUUUUUUUCUUGGGGCAGGAGUAUGAUCAUUAUUUUUAUUUCAUUCUUUGGAUAGACACAGGCAAAAAUUUUUUUUCUUCAGUUAAAAUUCACGUUCAUUCCCUUUUUCCUUGGGAUAAAGUCUUUCUUUUAUUCUUUGAAUUGGAUUAAUCUGUUAUAAGCUAGAUAUCCUUUCAUGAUGUGCUGGAGACUGAUGAUUCCAUU